AACGAUUUCGGAAAAUUUGUAGUAUUGAGUUUGACGUUCGGAUGCUGCUCCAUAGUGUUUUACGUCCUCACACAGCAGGAUGUAAUAAUCCACAAAUUUGCAAAAAGCUACUUAGUGACGAUAACACAUUCUUCAAAUGAUACACAAUUCACAGGAAGAAACAAUUAUAAGAUUUCUGAAAAGCCGUUAAAAUUACAAAAUAUAAGUUCAAAAUCGAUCAACAAUUAUGUAACUAUGAAUUUUGAAGGUCGUCUAGGAAACGAAAUAUUUGAAUAUGCAUCAUUGUAUGGUAUAGCUAGAUAUAAUCAUAUGAUUCCUGUUGUGGACGAUAAAUUUCAUUUAAGGAGAAUUUUUAAGAUAUCUCUCACUUCAGUGAAACCACUGGCAAAUAUAAAACGCUUCAAAGAGGCGAAAGCAUGUGCAUUUGACGAAAAAGCUUUCGUCUUGGACAAGAAGUAUAAUUGGACACUUUCAGUAUACCUUCAAAGUUGGAAAUAUUUCAUUGAAUAUAGUGAUGAUAUAAGGAAAGAAUUACGUUUUCAAGACACCAUACAGGCUCAAGCGGUACAAAAGUUUAAUGAAAUAGUGAAAGCUAGAAAUGUAACAGACAAAAACAAAUUAACAUAUAUAGCUGUUCAUGUUCGCCGAGGAGAUAUGUUGAAUAAUAAACCUAAUGUCAAUUUAGGAUAUACAACCGCAAACGUUAAUUACGUGAAUAAUGCCAUGUCAUGGUUCAAGAAAAAGUAUCCCAGUGCCUUUUUCAUUUUUGCCUCAGAUGAUAUAGCUUGGUGUAAAGCUAAUUUCAAUAAACCAAACACUGCCUUUACAACUCAAAGGAAUUCUGCAGCGGUUGAUAUGGCAAUACUUUCACAGUGCAAUCAUUCAAUAAUUACAACUGGAACUUAUGGAUGGUGGUCAGCAUGGUUAAGUGGCGGUCAAACUAUCUAUUAUAAAGAUUUUCCAAGGAAAGGAUCAAGACUCGACAAAGUGUUUGAUGCGAAAACAUAUUUUCCACCAAACUGGAUAGCUAUGUCACAUUUAUGA